AUGGGGGUAAAGAAAACUGUGGAGAGAAUUAGAUACUCUUUUUAUUGGGAAGGUCUGAGGUUAGACGUUCAGAAAUUUUGCGAGGCAUGUAAAGAGUGCCAGUUGACUAGACCAAUUAAAACUGUUGAUAGGACACCAAUCACCCCAGUAACGAGGCCAGAUCUGCCCUUCCAAAUUGUAAACAUUGAUGUGAUAGGUCCGAUUGAUCCUCCCAGUUCUAAGGGUCAUAAGUAUAUAUUAUGCUUAGUUGAUCAGCAUACCAGAUGGGCAGAAGCAAUACCUCUAACUAGCCUCUCCGCCAAGUCGACUUGUGAGGAGUUAUUACAUAUUUUUUCAAGAACGGGUAUUCCAAAUGUAAUUGCAUGUGACAAUGGAACAAAUUUUAAAGCAGAUUUGACUCAAGAAUUUGAGAGACGAAUAGGGGCCAGUCCUAAGUUUUCGACCCCUGGAUAUCCUCAAGCUAAUGGAUUAGUUGAACGGUUUAAUGGUACUUUAAAAAGAAUGUUGCAUCAUGUCAUCAGAGAAGAAGGUAGAGGGUGGCAUUUGCAAAUUCCUUAUGUGUUGUGGGCCUAUAGAGAAGUACCCAACUCAACAACUGGGGUGGCUCCAUUUCAACUCAUGUACGGCAGGACACCUCAGGGACCUCUGUCGAUAUUAAAAUCAUCAUGGACAGGGAAACAUGAAAAUUUACAAUUAGAUGCAACUCCUGUUUAUACAUAUUUACAAAAUCUAAAGGCUAGGUUUGAGAAGGCAGCGGAGCAGGCAAAGCUCACAGCUAAAAUUCAACAAGAGAGGACAGCACACUAUCAUAAUUUAAGGUCUACCAUAAAAACAUUUAAGGUGGGAGAUAAGGUGAUAGUCUUGAUUCCCGAUUCUAAUAACAAGCUUUAUGCUAGGUGGCAGGGUCCUGCAAAUAUAUUGGAACAGAGAAGUUCUCACUCAUUUGUAGUACAAAUGCCCGAUGGGACCAAAAGACAUGUUCAUCAGAAUAAGAUUAGACCUUAUGUAGUUAGAUCCCAAGCAGUAAAUGUUAUCUUGGAGGGGGAAGAAGAGUUUGGGGAAAUUGAAUCUAUACCUGUCAACAAGGGAGAAAAGAGUUUUUCUGAAUCUCUGGAAGGAUUAGAAAUGUCUAAUUUAGAUUCAGUCCAAAGGAGUAAACUUUUAGGGCUACUGAGGAAAUAUCAAACAUUAUUUACACGUCCAGUGCAACCAGCACGAGUAGGUACACACAAGAUCGAACUUAUUCCUACUGCUAUUAGGAAGAAACCCCACUGCUAUGGAAUACCCAUGGCAUACCGCAAAGCAGUAGAUGAGCAGAUACGUGAGUUGCUAGAAUUAGGAUUAAUUGAACCUUCUGAGUCAGAAAUUGCUCAUCCUAUAGUUUGUGUGGCGAAAAAAGAUGCUACAGUUAGAAUGUGUAUAGAUUUUAGAUCAUUGAAUGCUGUAACGAAAACUCCAACAUUUCCCAUGAAACACAUGCAGGAAUUGAUUUUUGUGGCGGGUGCAACAAACUGGCUGACAAGCAUCGACCUUCGAAAAGGGUAUUGGAAAAUCCAAAUGGAUGAAAAGAGCAAACCUUUGACUGCAUUUGCAACAUGUAAUGGAGUGUACCAGUGGAGAACAAUGCAUUUCGGCUUAUCAGGAGCCUCGGGGACAUUCCAGAAGGAAAUGAAUUGUGCUUUGCAUAGUCAUAGUGAUCAUAGUGAUUAUGCUCAGGCAUAUAUAGAUGAUGCGGUGAUUUUCUCGAAAACAUUUGAGGAACACUUGAAACACAUUUCUCUGGUUCUGGACACUUUAGAAAAAUUAGGAUUUUCUGAACGUUUGGACAAAUGUACUUUUGCACCUAAAAAAUCAAAUAUUUGGGGCAUAUUAUUGGAGGAGGCAAGCAUGGUCCUGAUGAAGAAAGGAUCAAAGCAAUUAGAAAACUCGUCAGGCCAGUCACAAAAAAAGAUGUGA